AUGACCCUGGAAAACGAUCGGAUCGCACAACGACUUGCAUGGGUGACGGCCAGUGAGUGGGGCGAGACCGCUUUACACAAAAAGGAAAAUUCCACACCACAUCCGCAGGGCAAGGAAGCCCUCGGCGUUGGAUUGGGUAGCUCCCCGAAAAACUUUCAAAAUGGACCCACACGGAGCGGUCAGAUACAUGGAGAUCGGCGAGGCCCAUUUGAAGCAGGCGCGAGCCGUCACCAAGAGUAUGGUAAAAAGGGAAAACCUAACAAAAUUAGCAGCAAGGGAAAUCAAAAAAAUUUUCCCUGUAUACGGUAUAACGGCGUGUUCGGUAAAAAGAGGGGCACCCAUCCACGCCGCAAACGAAGCGAUUAA